AAUUACCAACAUAAUUAUCAACACAUCAAUAUUUAAACAAAAGAUGUUUUAAAUCAAGAUAAUGUUAAGAGAAACUGUACAAGGGAGUAAAGACAAAGGAAAGAGACAACUUUAAGAGCUGUGUUGUCUUAUUUAAGAAAUCUCAUUCUUCUGCUUUUUUCUCAUUGGACAACAUUAACCAGCCAUGUCUUUCUUUAACCUGGUGAUUCACUGUUUUCUUCUAGUUUGCCUUCCAUUUUUUGUUUCAUCUUCAACCAACAAUCAACGAUCUAUUACCUUUGAUGACAAUUAUUAUGUAGAAGGUGUUAUUAUUCUUCCUUAUGCUGAAAUCCAUGAAACUUUUACAGCCUACUAUGAUGGUGCAGCUAACCGAAGUCGAAUCGACUAUUAUGGUGAUUUGGUUUUAACCCUGCAAAGAGGUGACAUCAAUUUGGAUGACGAUGAUGUUCAAGGAGUAAGCUACAAAAUUGCCUACAAUGUGGAUGCUGCUGGUAAUCCUGGACGAGUUUGUUUCCAAGUUAAUGGUUCAUCAAUUGAUCCAAUUGCACCACAAUCUGCUUUCCCAGAUCUAACUCCAUUUGUUUAUCAAGGAAACGAAGCCUGCCCUCAGUAUGGAUCUGAACUUAAAGGAAGUGAUAUUUGUGAAAAAUACACCAACAUUGUGAUUAAUGGAGAAAAAAAGAGCAAAUAUACUUUCUGGAUGAAAAGAAAUCAAGCCGAUGGAUCGCCAAUUCCAGUUCAUUAUGAUAUGGAAGGUUAUAACUCUCUUUUUGGUUCACAUUAUGACAAAUAUCAAGUAUCUUACCAAAACUAUCGACCUAGAUCUGUAUCAGCUGAAGUAUUUGAGGUAACUCUUAAUAUGACCUGUGGAAGUUUCCCUGGACCUGGUGCUGGUAAAGUGCGUCAUUUACACAACCCAAUGUCUGAAUUUGUCAAUGAUGAAGCUACUCGGGAAGCUCAAGUAAGCAGAGCUUUCAAUCUAUUCAAAUCAGCUCACAACAAAAACUAUGAAAAUAAUUUGACUGAAGAGAAACGCCGAAAUCAAUUCCGACACAAUCAUCGUUUCAUUGAAAGCCACAAUCGUCGUAACAUUCAUUACAAGUUAAAGGUUAAUCAUCUAGCUGAUUUUGAGGAUUCUGAAUUGAGAUACAUGAGAGGAAGACUUCGAUCCAAGGGAUAUAAUGGAGGAAGUCCAUUUGCUCUUCCAGAAAGCAAGCAACGUCCUCCAGUUCUCGAUUGGCGAAUCGCUGGUGCUGUAACUCCAGUUAAAGAUCAAGCUGUUUGUGGAUCUUGUUGGUCUUUUGGAACCAUUGGUACCAUUGAAGGUGUUCAUUUUGUCAAAACUGGUCAUUUGGUUCGUUUGUCGGAGCAACAAUUAGUUGAUUGUAGCUGGGAUCAAGGAGACAAUGGUUGUGAUGGAGGAGAAGACUUCAGAGCUUAUGCUUACAUUAAAAGAGCUGGAGGAAUCUCUCUUGACGAAGAUUAUGGUGCAUAUUUAGGUCAAGAUGGAAAAUGCCAUGACUCAAAAGUACCAAAAGUCGUUAAGCUCACCGGAUUCGUCAAUGUUACUUCUGGUAGUGCUGAAGCUCUUGAACUGGCUCUAUUUGAGCAUGGACCUGUUACUGUUGCAAUUGACGCCUCACAAAAGACUUUCUCCUUCUAUUCUCAUGGUGUUUAUUAUGAUGAAAACUGUGGAAAUACUUCAGAUGAUUUAGAUCACCAAGUUCUUGCCGUCGGUUACGGAACACUCUAUGGUCAACGUUAUUGGCUAAUCAAGAACUCAUGGUCAACUUAUUGGGGUAAUGAUGGUUACAUCUUGAUGGCCCAGAAAAAUAACAACUGUGGAGUGACAACCAGCCCAACCUACCCACUUCUUGCCUAAAUUUAUUUAACAAAAAAUGGCAAUUUACAUUGAUUGCAAACAUUAGCUUAAAAAAAUAAAAUGACAAUUUUCAUUUAAGUUUAAA